AUGGCCGACGUUUUCGAAUUCGAGUUGGACGGACACGAAGCCCAGCCAUCACCCCAGCGCCAUGCAUACCAUUAUGAGAAUCACUCGGAGAUCAUGGAAGACGAUCACAUGUACAGCAACGUCGCUGACGGGCAGAUUUCUGCACCACCACCGAGUUCGUCAUACAUGGAAGAUCCUAUGAUGGAAUCGAUUCAGUUGUGUGCUAGUGCUAUCAAUCCUCCAAACGUUCGCGUUGGCCCAGAAGAUUUCCAGUUACUAAAAGUUCUUGGAAAAGGUGGAUAUGGAAAGGUUUUCCAAGUACGAAAAACAACUGGCUCAGAUUCUGGAAAAAUCUUUGCGAUGAAAGUACUCCAAAAGGCUACAAUUGUGCGAAACCAGAAGGACACAGCACACACGAAAGCCGAAAGAAACAUCCUUGAGGCCGUGAAGUCGCCAUUCAUUUGUGAUCUUCUUUAUGCAUUUCAAACUGGUGGAAAACUUUAUUUGAUUCUUGAGUAUCUCUCAGGUGGUGAACUUUUUAUGCACCUCGAAAGAGAAGGAAUGUUUAUGGAGAAUGUGGCCAGGUUCUACCUAUCUGAAAUCGUGGUUUCACUCGAACAUCUUCACCAACAGGGAAUUAUUUACCGUGAUUUGAAACCAGAAAAUAUUUUAUUGGAUGGUUACGGUCAUGUUAAACUAACUGAUUUUGGAUUGUGCAAAGAAGAGAUCGAAGGAGAUCAAAAGACGCACACUUUCUGUGGAACCAUUGAAUAUAUGGCUCCUGAAAUUCUGAUGAGAUGUGGACAUGGAAAAGCUGUGGAUUGGUGGAGUCUUGGAGCUCUUAUGUUCGACAUGCUGACCGGUGGACCACCUUUCACUGCUGAAAAUCGCCGGAAAACUAUCGAUAAAAUUCUCAAAGGACGCCUUACUCUUCCAGCAUACCUUUCAAAUGAAGCUCGUGAUCUUAUAAAAAAGCUUCUAAAACGCCACGUUGAUACUCGUCUUGGAGCAGGAGUUUCUGAUGCAGAAGAAAUCAAGGCUCACCCGUUCUUCAAGCAAACGGAUUGGAAUCUUGUUUAUGCCCGUAAACUUGAAGCGCCAUUCAAGCCUGAAAUAGAAAAUGAGGAAGAUGUUUCACUGUUCGAUACCCGAUUCACUAAAAUGACUCCAGUCGACUCACCAUGUGAAACGAACUUCAGUUUGAAUGGAGACAAUCCGUUUGUUGGAUUUACAUAUGUGGCCCCUUCCGUUCUUGAAAUGAUGAACAAACAUGGUCAUGGUAUCAGUGUGGCACACUUGGCCUCUUCGAUGUCUCGAGGAGCUGGAAUUCCACACAAAAGUCCCAAGAAACCGGGAGAUCCAGAAACAGCACAUAUUCAACAUGGAGGACAAUCAGAUCUAUUCGGACACGGAUCCAGCCACGAAUCUCAGUUGUUCUUCGGUGGACUACCUGCAUCCAAUAACUCAUCUAACCAACAACAGCGACCAGAAUUCACACCUUUCGGAGGAUUUUCAGAAGAUGAUGCUAUGGAUACAUCAACUCCACGAGCCAGUGAAAGUCGUGAAACAACUGGAAACGGUGGUAAUGGUAUGAGACCGACAACCAUUGGAAGCACUGCAUCAACACCAAUCCCAUUACCAAAGAGGGUGAUGUGA